AGCUCUGUAUACUUUGUAGAGAAAGAGAAAGAAAGAGAAAAAGAGAAAGCAAAAGAGAGAGAGGGCCAUGGAGAAUGUGAUUGUGUAUUAAGCAUCCAAAGAUAUCUCAACAACAUUCACCGAAGAAACAUCAUAUCCCCUUCGCUUUCUCUCCAACGACUUUAUUCCUCUCCUCUCUCUAUCUGCUCCGAUCGAGUUGUUCCUUGUCUCUGAAGAUCGUGUGAUUAGAGCUGAGAUUGAGGAUUUUUGGAGUUGAUGGUGGAAUUGUGAGUGGUUGUUGGUGUUGUUUUUGAGAUGGCGGCGGCUGAGGGGGCGGUGAUGUUCUCGGUGGCGUCAGUGGUGGAGGAUGUGCUGCAGCAGCACGGGACAAGACUCAGAGAUCUUGAUUUGGAGUCUAGAAAAUCUGAGGAAGCCGCUUCAAGAAGGUACGAAGCCGCAGGGUGGUUGAGAAAGUUGGUUGGAGUUGUUGCCGCAAAAGAUUUUCCAGCUGAGCCUUCUGAGGAGGAGUUUAGGCUUGGAUUAAGAAGUGGCAUCAUCCUCUGCAAUGCCCUGAACAAGGUUCAAGCUGGAGCUGUGCCAAAGGUGGUGGAAAGCCCAUGUGAUGCCACUCUCAUCCCUGAUGGAGCAGCCUUGUCUGCAUUCCAAUAUUUUGAAAACGUGAGGAACUUCCUUGUGGCCGUGCAGGAGAUGGGGCUUCCUACUUUUGAAGCAUCUGAUCUCGAGCAAGGAGGAAAAGCUGCGAGGGUUGUGAAUAGCAUUCUGGCACUUAAAUCUUACAAUGAAUGGAAGCAGUCAGGUGGAAAUGGAGUAUGGAAAUUUGGUGGAAAUGUAAAACCCGUCACAUCGGGAAAAGCUUUCAUAAGAAAAAAUACAGAGCCAUUUAUGAAUUCCUUGUCGAGAAAUUCAUCAAUGAAUGAGAAAUCCCUAAAUGUUCUCUCCUCAGACCUUGAAUCCAAUAAAAUGCCUAAUUCCGGUUCCAUGAGCAUGCUUGUUCGUGCUGUUCUAUUAGAUAAGAAGCCUGACGAAGUUCCAACGUUGAUGGAAUCAGUGCUAAGUAAGGUUGCCGAGGAGUUGGAAAAGCGAAUUGGAAGCCGAUAUGAACAGACAAAGACAACCGGAAAAGAUACGGCUGUUUCGUAUGGUAACAAAUCUCAAUUGAAAUUUCCUGGUGAUAAGAAGGGUGAAGACAAAAUGUUCCAAGUGAUCAAGAAGGAAGAAUGUUUUCAGAAGAAUCAUAUUAUUGGCGAGAAAUCAGAAACUUGUUCUUUGAAACAACAAAUGAUCCUUGAUAAACAACAUACUGAUAUUCAGGAGCUGAAGCAUACCCUUUACAAUACAAAAGGUGUAAUGCAGUUUAUGCAAAUGAAGGUUCAGGAGGAGUUUAACGUUCUGGGAAUGCACAUUCACAGUCUUGCACAUGCUGCAUCUGGUUAUAAUAGAGUUCUCGAGGAAAACCGGAAGUUAUACAAUCAGGUGCAGGACCUCAAGGGAAGUAUUCGGGUCUAUUGUCGAGUAAGGCCAAUUUUAUCAGGACAAUCAUACUCAAUGAGCUCUGUAGACCACAUAGAAGAAGGAACUAUCACCAUUGUUGCCCAAUCAAAGAAUGGGAAAGGACGCAAGUCCUUCACCUUCAACAAAGUCUUUGAGCCCUCUGCAAGCCAAGCGGAGGUCUUCUCUGAUAUGCAGCCAGUGAUUCGCUCAGUUCUUGAUGGAUACAAUGUCUGCAUUUUUGCAUAUGGUCAAACUGGAUCUGGAAAAACUUAUACUAUGAGUGGUCCCAAAGAUCUUACAGAGAAAAAUAAAGGAGUAAACUAUAGGGCAUUGAGUGAUUUGUUUCUACUAGCAGAACAAAGGAAGGACACAUUCCACUAUGAUGUCGCUGUACAGAUGAUUGAAAUCUACAAUGAGCAAGUUAGGGAUCUCCUGGUUGUUGAUGGAAGUAACAAACGAUUAGAAAUCCGGAAUAGUUCUCAGACAGGUCUCAAUGUACCAGAUGCAAACCUUGUUCCUGUUUCAUCUACAUCUGACGUUAUAGAUUUGAUGAACCUUGGGCAAAGGAAUCGUGCAGUGGGUGCAACAGCUCUGAAUGACCGAAGUAGUCGCUCUCAUAGUUGCUUGACUGUCCAUGUUCAAGGAAGAGACUUGACAUCUGGAACCGUUCUUCGUGGCUGUAUGCACCUCGUUGAUCUGGCUGGAAGCGAGAGGGUUGACAAAUCCGAGGUGACAGGAGAUAGACUGAAAGAGGCACAGCAUAUUAACAAAUCUCUCUCAGCUUUAGGUGACGUGAUUGCUUCCCUUGCGCAAAAGAAUCCACAUGUCCCUUAUAGAAAUAGCAAACUUACACAACUGCUUCAAGACUCACUUGGAGGGCAGGCCAAGACACUAAUGUUCGUUCAUAUAAGCCCUGAGCUUGAUUCUAUUGGAGAAACAAUAAGUACACUCAAAUUUGCUGAGCGGGUUUCUACUGUUGAACUCGGUGCUGCUCGGGUGAACAAAGACAAUACAGAUGUUAAAGAGCUCAAAGAGCAGAUCACCAUCCUUAAAGCAGCAUUGGCAAGGAAAGAGGGAGAAUCAGAUCAUAAUCAACAUUCUGUAUCUGGCAGUUCUGAAAAACACAAACUAAAAACUGGUGAUUCAUCACCCAUGGUCUGCCGGCAACCCAUGGGUGAUGUGGGCAACAUAGAGGCCUCUCAGAGACAAAAGAAGCAAAGUUUUGAUCUUGAUGAAUUACUUGCCAAUUCACCUCCCUGGCCACCAGUUACCAGUGCUGGACAAACUUACGAAGAUGAGAAAGAGAUUGGCUCUGGUGAGUGGGUAGACAAAGUCAUGGUGAACAAGCUAGAUGAAGUAAGAACUCAAAACCCUCUAGGAAGUUGGGGAGCAGACAAUGGGCAUUUACCUGAUGCCUUUUACCAGAAAUAUCUCACAGAUUCUUCGAGACUCUACUCGGAACAGUCAUUUAUGUUCAUGGGAAACAAUCAGUUCAGCACCAUUUCUACUGAUGACAUGGAUGAUCUUGAUGCUGCCACUAGUGAUUCAUCAGAGCCUGACUUGCUUUGGCAAUUCAAUCAAUCCAAACUCUCUAGUCUAACCAAUGGAGUUCAGCCAAAGGCCAAGAAACUGACCUCAUCAAAAGCAACCAGGAGCUCAGAAUUAAGCAGGAAUUUAAACACCUCCGUAGGCCCUUCACCAUCACGGAAACUAGCAAAUGGAGUUGGUGGCCCUCUAAACCGGAAUGGGAGGCAGCUGACUCAGGCUGAUGGAAAGCGGAGAACCGGCAUGAGAAAGUAAGACGAAUGUUUAUGCCACGUUGAGACAUGGAUGGUCUUUGAUUUUUAAUUUUUUUUUUGAUAUUAUUUGUGUAUUCUUUCAGUGAGAGAGCUUCCCCCUCAUUUCUUUCCACUGUUGUAAUUUUCAUAGUAUAGUUAUACAUAGCAAUAAUUCCCGUUGCUUGAUGUUUGGGUGGGACUGUUAGUCCUGUCUGCUUGGUUUCUAGGGGGAGCACUAACAGUCUUCUAUGAUAUAACAUUCUAUUAAAUUUGAUUACAGAAAACUUCAAUUCCUUUUCUA